AUGAAGGGCCUUUCGAAGCUUAAGGGCAAGCUCAAGGCCAAAGUGAAAGACCUCACCAAAGCCAAGGUUGAUGAGGCUCCUGCUCCGGCGCUUAAAAGCGACGGUAAGCAAUUCGUGGAUAUCUCCGAAGCAGCACAUAAAACGGACAAAAGUCCUGGGAACCACUUAAGUGAUCGAAAUGUUGAACGCAACACUGCAGCUCUUCAUCUGGCUGAUGAUCGGCCCACGGUAACGAGCUCUGCUUCUGCCAAACCACAGAAGUCGAGAACAGCAAGAGACGAUGACCGUACGCAAACGCCGGAAUCUCAGCCUGACCGACCAACUAGCAUCACUGGUGGCAAUUUUACGCACUCUGAUCAAUCUGAGCCCGUGCCGGGACUAACUAGCACUUCUUUGGUUCUUAGAGAUCCUUUUAUUCGCCGAUCAUGGACCCAGACCGCCGAAAGUGGACCUGCGAGAGAUGGUCUCUUAGCAGGGCAAGAGUCUUUUUCCACUUCAACGGCCAAGUCAAACCGAGAGUCCAACAAAGUAGAGGAUUUAUGGGGCCGAGCAUACGACCUCCUGCGAGCUCAAAAUGAAGAUUUACUGAGCAGCUAUGAGGAGAUCCUAGCAUCUGAAGUAUCCGAAACCGCUUCUGGUAUGUCAAAUUGGACGAGCUUGAGCGGGCAAGAAAGAGAAUCUGCUGCGACAAAACUCAUUGAGAAGCAAACACAACUUCAAAACCAGACGAAGUGGCGUCUUCGCAUUGGCGCAAGAACGAUCGAAUUCCAGGAGCAAUUCAAUCGCAUUGUGAAACUUGUCGUUCUCUCGAAGGAUGUUAUCACUUCUGUUGUCAGCCCUUCACCUCACGCCGCAAUAGCGUGGGCGGGACUACUUUUGAAUCCCAGCUCUCAAAGUCAGCUCAACGGUGAUGGCAUUGAAUAUAUCUCUACCUUAAUCUCGCAAGGUGCUAUCCGAGAACGCACAUAUCGUCAAAAUUUUGAGGUGGACUCAGAUGAAGACCGUCGAGCCGAGGACCUGAAAGUUUUAGAGGGCUUAGAAGCUACUAUGACUCAAGUAUAUGUCCUAAUUUUGGAAUUCCAAGCGAGGACAGUCUGUCAACUUCUCCGAUCCAAGAUCUCCAGGACAGUGAGGGACAUCUUCAAGGCCGACGAUUGGAAAUCUUUAAUGGAAAAUAUGAAGAGCGCAGAUGAGAGAUGCACAACUUUUACGAAAACGAUUGACUCCGAACGACUUCGAUUGGGGCUCACUGAUCUUCGCCGGAGUUUGGAAGAGCAAUUCCUAGGACUGAGCCGGCAUCUUCAGGAUUCGCAGACUAAUAAGUCGUAUUACGAAACUUUAAGGGUUUUGAGGACGAGUGAUUAUGUGUUCAACAAAGAUAAAAAUCCCUCUCGUGUUCCCGGAACCUGUUCGUGGUUUCUUUCUCAUGCGAAGUACCAACGCUGGAUAGAAACCAAUUUGGGGUUGCUCUGGGUCUCCGCAGAUCCAGGCUGUGGGAAAUCGGUACUGGCCAGAUUUCUAGUCGAUGAAGAAUUUGGACCGAAGAUGUCUAGCUCACAAAAUCUAUGCUACUUUUUUUUUAAAGACGACGAGGAAGUAUAUCGGAGUGCAAGCCAUGCGCUCUGUGCAAUCUUACACCAACUCCUUCUACAAGAUAGCAAUUUGUUAAAGUAUCUCAGUCAUAGCGUUGGUGAAAGCGGGGAGCUAAGCUUGAACUUUGAUCGUCUAUGGGAAGCCUUGGUCUUAUUUGCAAAUGAUACGAAAAUCAUUUGUGUGCUUGAUGCACUUGAUGAAUGCGAAGAGAAGUCGCGAGAACUGCUGCUGAAGAAAAUCAAGAACUAUUUUGGAACUGGAUACCGAGGAGCCUCGAAUCUGAAAAUUAUCCUCACUAGUCGGCCUUGGAGCUCAAUCGGAGACGGAUUGUUUUAUCAAAGUAGUUUGGACAACGAGGCCAUUCGCUUGAUGGGCGAGAACGACGAAGAAACAAAGCAAAUAAGUGCUGAGAUCCAGUGUGUGGUUCGGGCUCGGGUAUUGGAAUUCAGGGACUUUCGAUCGUACAAGGGUAUCAAUGAUGAUGCGCACAUUCUGCUCCAAACACGACUCGACUCAAUACCUAAUAGGACAUAUCUCUGGGUAGCUCUGAUAUUUCCCGAAUUGCAAAAGAAAGCAGCCGACUCUAAACGGGAGCUUCUACGGAUUAUUGACACUCUACCUGUCUCCGUUGAUGAGAUCUACGAGAAGAUUUUGGAUCAGAGCAACGACCUUACCCGAGCCCGAAAGCUGCUGCACAUUGUCGUGGCUGCAAUUAGACCACUUACUGUCCAGGAGAUGAAUAUCGCGCUAUCUAUACAGGAUGAUGAUGCCUCUUUCGACGAGAUAGAACUUACACCCGCAUCGUCUUUUGCCCCUGUCCUGAGAGAGUUGUGUGGGCUCUUUGUCUGCAUCAUUGGUGACAGAAUAUACCUUGCUCAUCAGACUGCGAAAGACUUCCUGCAGAAAUCCACAGCAAGUUACAACAAGUCAUCAACUUCACGCAAGUGGAAGCAUUCAUUCGAUCCGAAAGAAUCUCAUAAGACUGUUGCCUGGUCCUGUAUAAGAUACCUGCUUCUAGACAACUUUGAGCACGGGAUAUUCCCAAGAAGAGACGCUGACCUUUUCGAGGUCUGGGAGCCUGCAGAUCCUGUUCUGGGCUGUGUGCCUUCUUUUGGAAACCCUUUUCGUCGUUACCGGAUCCAUAGGCCUGGAGCAAAGAGAUUAGCUGGAUUUGGCCACAUCGACAAUUUCAAAUCUGUUCCUACAUCAGAUCGGAUACUUCAGAAAACCAUAAAGCAACAUCCAUUCUUAGAAUACAGUGCAAAGCAUUGGUACCAUCAUGUGAGGUCAUCAGAAGCUGAAGAUACUUUCUUACAAGUUCUGCUCCGACUCUGGCAGAUUGAUGUCCCACGUGGCGCGCUCUGGCUUGCCAUCUGUCAUAGCCUGCCCAACGCACUAAAACUCCCAACAACCCUUUGGAGAAACUGGUGUCCUCUCGCCGUCCAUUCAUACCUGGGUCACAUCAAAGCGGUAAAAGUUCUCCUCUCACGUGCAGAUGAGUCUGCAGAAUCACGCAGAGAGGCUGAUAUAUCACUGCGACUGGCAAUUGAUAAAGGACAUGCCGAUAUUGUUCGAGAAAUUAUUGCCGCAAAAAUUGGGACCGUGGAUACAAUAUUUGAAGACUUCACCACCCCACUCUCCCGCGCAGUGGCCGGAUUCUCCCCCCAGAUUGUACGAAUCCUAUUUCAAGCAGGCCAGAAGGUCACCAGAGACAAUCUUCUGUGCGACGUACUUCGCGAUAAGUAUGCACAUUGGAAAUUUCCAGGACUCUCGGAUAAAACAGUCUCGGCUUCACUGCAUGCUGAUGUUGCGGAAGUUGUUGUUCUCCUCUUACGCGAAGGUGCAAAUAUCAACCAACUCUCUGUUCACGGGGAGCGACCAUUGACACUUGCCGUUCAAACUCUCAACUUUGAGGGUGUUAGAGCUUUGCUAGAUAGUGAUAGUGGAGAGUACAAAGGGAAAGAUAGCAUCUGGAAAGAACAAUUUUCAACGCAUUACCCCAAACUUGAUAUGGAAGAGAGGUUGGAUAUUAAUGCAAAGGACGCCCAGGGAAAUGCAGCUUUGCAUAUCAUUCGUGGAGGAAAUAGAGAUUUCCCUCAUGACCUAGACAUGCUACAACACGAACAGCAUGAUUUCAACUUAAAUGAGCAACUGAAGAUAGUGAAGUACCUGCUCGCGAAAGGGGCAGACCCGAAUAUCAUGACAGAUACGCACCUCACGCCACUACAUCGCGCUAUUGCUACUCUUCAAUUUGAAGUUGCCGAAUAUUUGUUGAAACAUGGUGCGAACAUUCACGGCAGGCCACCUCAGAAAGCACCACCUUUGCACUUAAUUUUUUCCAGCACCGAGUACCCGCCCCCUACAGGCUAUAAACCAGCCUUCAAAACUCCAUGCAACUGCCAAUCUACCCAUGCCAUGCUUGACUUACUCCUCAAGUACGGGGCUGACAUAAAUGCAACAACAAUGGACGGUGAACUGAAUAGCGCUUUACACUUGGCAGUGUAUUGGAAGAACUUGGAGAUCAUGGUCUAUCUGCUGGAUCAUGGUGCUAAUACCGAGGCCAAGAACAAGUUUGGCUCCACUCCUCUCCUCACUGCUGUGGUAUAUCAACAACAUGAAUUCGUUCAGAAGUUGCUUGCGAUUGGAGCCGACAUUGAUGCACAAGAUCUGUCUGGUGCAACAUCAUUACAUUUAGCAAUUGCCCACGGAGAUGGAGAUAUGUUGCUCCUACUCUUAAGUCAUCAUCCGAAUCUCAAUUUGAUGGAUAAAUGCUCACAGACAGCACUCCACGUUGCGGCGAGCCUUGGUAACCCGUAUUCAACGGUCUUGCUUCUUGGGGCUGGGGCUGAGGUGAACCUAUCCGACAAGUGGGGUCGAACUCCGCUCCACCGUGCUAUUGAAUCUUGCUACCUUGAGACAUUCUGGAUACUGCUCAUGGCUCAGAGUCCGAAGAGUGCUACAACACGGCCAAACAGAGGGAGGACAUUGGAUUUCGCCUACUCACUUGCGGAACAGCUGGAAAUGCUCGGAAACUUUGCUGUCUCAGACAUUGAGAAUGAGGAAGCUCCUCAAGACAAUACCAUUUCGGAACCCUUAAGUCCAGUCGAAAGCAGAGCAGAUCACACGAAAGUCGACGAAAACGGGCCAAAGGACGAAGUGAAAAUAGAAAGUCGAGAUACUCUCAGCGUUAGAUUUACACGCGCGUCGAAUUUGCCUUUAUUUACUAGUCGAGCUUACAAGAAGUCACACUCGCGUCCUGGGAGGCGCACUCUUCACCCAAGACUCACAUUUUGGCCACCCCCUACGGACAAUUCUGGGGAUAUCCUAAGGGCGGACUAUUUUAUAGUACGAGACGAUCUUUCUGAUGCUUCUGAGGAUCUGGAUAUAGUCAGUGAUACAAGCUCUCUAGAUGAGGGAUCACUCGCGUCUCCUCUAUCGGAAAAUGGCUCGGAACCUUCCGAAGCACCAGCAAAAUAUGAUGAUGGCUGGCGAAUCUGGGAGGUCCCAAGUAAUACAAGACGACGCACAACUAUACCUGUAACAGUAUCUACACCAUCUUCGGCUUCCCAGAUAGAGUCAGAUGAAGAGUCUCAAAUAUCUGAUGCGUUUGAUUGCGGUGGCCUGCCAGAGAUUACAUACCAAAGGAGGAUCUCAACACGAUCGAGAGUCCCCAUCCGGAGCUCAACUUAUUAUGCAUUGCCAGUAGGUGUGAAAAUCGACCCAGAAACAUCAUUCAGAUCUGCUAAAAUCUCAUGCAUGAUACUUGCAUGCAGCGUUUACAACGAACUGCUUGUGCAACACCCAAUAUACGGGCCUCUCGGGUCUCGCUGGCCGCACCGGCCUCGCUGGUAUUACGGGGCUGAAACGAGUCAGAUCGGUUUCCAUAGGAUAAUUUCGCUGCUGGAGCGAGACCAGAGCCUUGUUGACACGAGUGGCGGUGAGUCGACAAUAGAGAACCGAUUCUUGCUGAAAGUUAGUGAGGUAGAGGUAGAGGCUGAAGGCAGUGAGAUUGAAGAGGCGAAACAGCCAAGAGAUGGCAGCCAGGAAGGAAAUUCCCAACAGGACGGCUACAUGUGGCUCCCUUCCUCACUCAUUCAUCCAUCGCGGAAUUAA